UACUCCAAGCUUAGAAACCCUACACAUAACCUCACAAAUACAUCUCUAAUAUAAUUGCAAUGACUUGGAUUAUUUUGGCCACAAUUACACUCAUCUUCCUCCUCCCUUACCUCUUUCAACAAUGGCUUCUCAAAACCAAACCCUUAUGCAACAAACUCCCUCCUGGUCCAAAAGGGUUUCCAAUUAUUGGAAGCCUUCAUCUAUUAGGCAAACUCAUUCACAAAGAUCUUCAUUACUUAUCCCAAAUAUACGGUCCCAUAAUGCACAUCCAAUUAGGUCUUCUCCCCGCCAUUAUUGUCUCCUCCGCUAGAGCCACCGAGCUCUUCCUUAAAACUCACGACCUUCACUUUGCGAGCCGCCCUCUUACCAUCACCUCCAACCAUAUUUCUUACGGUAGAAAGGGUAUAGCUUUUGCUCAAUAUGGUCCUUAUUGGCGCAAUAUUCGCAAAAUGUGCACUCUUGAAUUGCUUAGCUCCUUAAAAAUCAACUCUUUUUCCUCAAUGAGAAAGCAGGAGGUUGGUUCAUUGAUUAAGGGUCUUGAAGAUGCUGCUACAGAUGGUGUGGCUGUGGAUCUUACUUCUAAAAUUUCUUCUGUUAUUGGAGAUAUGAUAUGUGUAAUGGUGUUGGGGAGAAAAUAUGAAGAUAAUGAGUUGGGUGAAAAGGGGUUUAAGGGUUUGAUACGAGAGGCUACACAAUUAGCGGCAGCUCCUAAUUUGGGAGAUUUUAUUCCUUUAAUUGCAAGGUUUGAUGUCCAAGGAUUUGGGGGUCGUGCAAAAGCUGUUGGGAAAAUAUUUGACGGGUUUUUAGAGAGUAUUGUUGAAGAACAUGUUGUGUUCGAGAAGGAUAAUAAAGACAAGGAUUUUGUGGACGUUUUGUUGGAUUUGAUGGGGUCUCGAGAGUACCAAAUUGAUCGAUCAAAUAUCAAAGCUAUAAUUCUGGAUUUUGUUAUUGCAGCCGUGGAUAGUACAACAACAACAAUCAAUUGGAUGUUAUCGGAACUUAUUAAGCAUCCACAUAUAAUGAAAAAGUUGCAAGAAGAAUUAGAAAAAGUGGUGGGAUUGAAUAGAAUGGUGGAAGAAUCAGACUUAAGUAACUUGAAAUACUUAGAGAUGGUAAUGAAAGAGAGCUUGAGAAUGCAUCCACCAGUUCCAUUAAUUCCACGAGAAUGCAUACAAGAUUGCAAUAUAAAUGGGUAUCAUAUCCCUAAGAAAUCAAGAAUAGUAAUAAAUGCAUGGGCCAUUGGAAGAGAUCCAAAUACUUGGGUUGAUCCUCAUAAGUUUGAUCCAGAGAGAUUUUUGGAAAGUGAAGUAGAUGUGAGAGGGAGAGAUUUUGAGCUAAUUCCAUUUGGAUCAGGUCGAAGAGGCUGUGUUGGAAUACAAUUAGCUUUGGUUGUGGUUCGUCUUGUAGUGGCUCAAUUAUUACACUGUUUUGAUUUGAAGCUUCCCGAUGGUAUGUCACCACUUGAAUUGGAUAUGACAGAAAUUUUAGGGUUGACUUGUCCUAGAGCCCAAAAUCUUAGGGUGAUUCCCAUUUUUCGUCUUUGUCCUAAUAAUUUAUAAAUCUAUACUCAAUAUCAUCUCAAAUUAAACUAAUGGUUCAAUCCAAAUAAAUGGAUACUUGAGAGAGAGGAAAAAAAACCCAUUUUGUAAGUUGGAGUUAUCAUCUUUUGUUAAGGUAAGUAUUUAAAUUCUUAGUUAAAUUAAAAAAUAAAAAAGGUUUAUAAAAUUAUGGGGUUAUUUAGUCCGAACUUAACAAGUAUGAGGUUAAUAUGUUGAAGUUAGAAAAUUAGGGUGCAAGUGUAGAGUUGUAAAAUGAGUUAUUUGAUAAUUGUAAAAAGUAAAUUAAAAAAA